AUGAGUGGUUCGGACGACAUUAGAGCUAAGAGACUCGCUAGAUUAGCAGCACUAGGAGGCGGUAGUAACAGCGGUAGUAACAGUAAUAAUAACAGUGGCAGUAGUGUGAAUUUGAAUGCUAACAGCAGCAAUUCGUCGAUUCCGAAGUCCAAAACUACACCUACGCCUACACCUACACCAGCACCUACACCAGCACCAAUUGACCGUUCAGGGCCCAAAGACAUGGAGGUAGCAAGUGAGACACCAUCCAAACGUAAGUCGGCCGAUUCAAGUGCAAUUGAAACUUCAAAACCUAAAAAAGUUUCUGAAAGCUUAUCGCCCGAAGUGGAAGUGUCGAAUUGGCUCAAAUAUGAAAUUGAAGAUAUAUUCGUUGCUACAAUUGAAACCCAUAAGACAGGGUUGGUAUACUUGCCUUCAUUGGCCAGUGAAGUUGAGUCGGAUCAAAAGGGCUUAUUGACGUCUGCUAAUUUAGAAAGUUUAUUUAUGGAAAUUUUAACAGAAUUGGGUAUACCAAGCAAAUUUUCAUCUUCAAUUGAAUACUUAUUUCACAUAUAUACUAGAAGUUUUCAAUUGAAAAGAAUAUUACCAAAGAAAGAUGCAACUUACGAUUUGAAAAAUUCGGUACUCAAUGAUAUUAUCAAUUUUUCUUGUUCAUAUAGUCUUAUAAGUUUUCAAGUUCCUGAUAUGUUUGCUGAUAAUGACUUGAGAGGCUCAAUUGACUUAUUUGUCAAUAGACAAGAUUCGAUGAGUCCAUUUUUGGUUGAUAUAGUCAAACAAGCAAUUAAUCAAGAAGCUUUAGUCGAGUUAUUAAACAUUAUAUUACCAAGUCUUAGUGCAAAAUUAUAUCAAAUUAAUUUAAAUGACUCAGCCUACUCAAAUUACUUAUCCCUUUUUGAGAGUCUAGUACUGAUUAAGCCAGUUGCUGCAGUAUUUUCCAAAAUUGACGGAUUUCAACCUCCUAAUUCAAAAGAUGGUCUCGAUUAUGAAAACAAAACUCUUUUGGGCCCCUUAUUAAGAUUGUCACCAUUGAUUGAUUCCGUUGGUACUUACUACUUUUCAAAUGAUGUUCAGUCCAUCUCCAGAGUUCAGCUAAACUCAAUCUAUCAAUCAAUUCAAAAUGAAUACAAAGUUGUUAUUGAUAGAUUGUUUUUCAUUAUUGAUAAAUUAGUAAGAGGUUCAACAGAAACUCGUCAAGACUUAUUAAAAUGGCUUGCUGGUUUAGUCAAUGCUAGUCAUUUGAGAAGAGGUAGUCAUGCUGAUUUUUCAAAGUUAGCCUCGCAUGGAUUCAUGUAUAAUAUUUCAAUUAUUUUAAUUAAAUUAAGUUUACCAUUUUUGGAAUAUCCAACAUAUUCAAAACUUGAUAAAAUUGAUUUCGAUUAUUUUACUAAAAACAAACUUUUGGAUAUAAGCGAAGAGUCAAGAGUUAAUUCUUCUAUCAAGGAAGCUGAUGAAUAUGUUAAAGAACAUUCAAAUUUAUCAGAUCCUAAUUUUAUUAGUGAAUGUUUUUAUUUAACUUUGACUUAUCUUCAUUAUGGUAUCGGGGGUAUAUUUAUCAAUUAUGAUCGUUUAAAGCAACAAAUCAAACAAUAUGAAGAGAGAAUACAACAAAUUGAACAAGAAACAAACUCAAGAGAACCAAUGAUGGCACAUAUGUUAAGAGGGCAGUUACCAAGAUUCAAGUCGGGAUUGAACUCUUUAAGGGUAUUAAAGAAUGCAAUUCAAGCGAUUUUCAAUUUCAAAUCGAUGAAUCUCGAAAUAUUUGAUUUUAUAAUUGGAUCCACCACAUUUAUUACCAAAUUAAUUGAUCCAAGUCACGAAUAUCCUACCAAGAAGUUAUCAAUUCCAAUUUUCAAGAUUAGUAAAGUUUCCGAAUUGGAUGAUCAUGAUUUUUUAAAGACCAAAACCCCAAAACCAUGGAAAUAUUAUCCAGAAUAUGUUUUAGAAGGAAUAAUCAAUUAUUGUAAAUUCAUGACCAAGUUUCCUGAAAACCCAUUAAUAUUUAAUAAUGAAAAAUUAUCAAGUUUUGUUGAAUUUGCAAUAAUUUUAUUAAGAUGUCCAGAAUUAAUUGGUAAUCCACAUAUGAAAGCUAAUUUGAUUGAGGUUUUAUUUUUUGGAUCAUUACCUUUAAGUAAUGGAGACCCAGGAUUUAUGACAUCAAUUUUCAAUGAUAAUAAAUUAGUUGUUGAUAAUAUAUUAUAUUCAUUACUUGACUUUUAUGUUAUGGUUGAAAAAACUGGAGCAUCAUCCCAAUUUUAUGAUAAGUUUAAUAGUCGUUUUUAUAUUUCAGUCAUAUUAGAAACUUUGUGGACCAACGAUAUAUAUAGAAAUCAAUUAACUGAUUAUUCCCAUAAUAAUGUUGAUUUUUUCGUUAGAUUUAUUGCAAGAAUGUUGAAUGACACAACUUAUUUAUUGGAUGAAACAUUCAAUGAAUUGAAUUCAAUUCAUAAUUAUCAAGGAGAAUUAACCAGAAGAUCAAAUGGAAUAGCUGGAGAUACUGAAGAGUACGGAACUGAUGAAGAAUUAAGCGGGAAUUUAUCAAGUUCUGAACGUAAAGCCAAAUCAUAUAUGGGAUUAAGUAAUAAAACGAUGGAAUUAUUUAAAUUAUUUACUAAACAAGUACCAUCAGGCUUUGUAUUACCAGAAAUUGUCGAUAGAUUAUCUGGUAUGUUAAAUUAUAAUUUAUCAAUAAUGGUUGGACCCAAAUGUUCAAAUUUAAAAGUUAGCAAUCCCGAAAAAUAUGAUUUCGAACCAAAGAAAAUCUUGGGAGAUUUAUGUGAAAUAUAUUAUAAUUUAUCAAAUGAAAGUAAGUUUUUAGUUUCAAUUGCCAGAGAUGGAAGAUCAUUUAACUUGAAAUAUUUCAUUAAAGCUCAUGAUAUUUUAAUGAAGAAGACAUUUAUUAAUGCUACUAUUCUUGAUAAAUUUUUAAAAUUUGGACAAGAAGCAGAAAUACAACGCCAAAAUGAUGAAGAUGAAGAAGUUGAAUUAGGAGAAAUUCCUGAUGAAUUUUUAGAUCCAUUAAUGUUUACAUUAAUGGAAGAUCCAGUUAUAUUACCAAAUUCAAAAAUGAGUAUUGAUAGAUCCACCAUCAAAGCCCAUUUAUUGAGUGAUUCAACUGAUCCAUUUAAUAGAGUUCCAUUGAAAUUAGAAGAUGUUAUUGAAGAUACUGAUUUGAAAGAAAAAAUUAAUCAAUGGAAAUUAAGUAAAAAAGCCCCAGUUGAAGAUAUUGAAAUGAAGGAUUAA